UGGCGUCGGCGGGCCCCGGUGCGCCCGGCCUGAAGAGAGCCCGGCGAUGAGGUAGCACGACCACUGACAGAGCACCGGAUCCCGAUUAUUCGCAAGAAGUACACGGACCCCGGCACCAAGGCAACAUGGUCGAUCUCGGAGGAUACAUCAUCAUUCUGAUGAACCAGUGUGACAAGAUGAAGCUAUACGGAUCACCAGCGGACAACGCGGACAGUUUGGAGAUCACCGACGAGAUUCUCGAGGUCAACGGACGCACCCUCGAGAACGCGACGCACGCCGAGGUCAUACAACACAUACAUCAGUGCAUCAAAUCCAGAACAAUAUGCCUGCGAGUGCGCCGUAGGAGUGGCAACAAAAUGGUAUUGGAUGGAUCAAGCACCGGAGGAAUCAGAGACGCUUGGGUCAUCGCCGUCGAGAGAGGCGCGAGGGAACGACUGCAGAAGCUGACCGCAUUGAGGAGGAUCCAGCCUCGAGAUAUUCAGGCGAUAUUGCAUCAACAGAUAACCGAAGGUGGAGCCGCUUCAACGAGCGACGAGCCCACCGACAAAGAUGCGACGAGCAGCCAAAUCACGGUGACACUUUCCGACAAAGAGUCAGGUCCAACAACAAAUGUAUACCCAGCGAAACUAAGCAACGGUGCGAUCCCGAAAGGCAUCAAUAAGGACUCUCAGGAGCAACGGACGGCCCUAGAGAAACAGCAGAGCUGUACCGAGGACGCGGAUCUUCUGGUGCAGGCGGCGCUCCAGGAUGGCGGUAUCCGGGUCCUGAUCGGAGAACCGGAGGGUGGCCCGAGGUCACCCCGCGGCUCCACCUCGUCCGCGGUCAAUGACGCGCCGGGCUUCCUGAGCACACCAGAGGAGCGAGACUAUCCCGAGCCGAUACUCAGGUCGCGCAGCCGAAGCGGCAGUGGCGUGCCUGGCAUUCCCCAGCAGCACCAGCAGCAGCACCAGCAGCAGCAGCAGGAGGCCAACAACGUUAGCGGGGGCAUAUCUAAGGAGUCUGUGGGCCCCGAUGAGAUGUGGGCCCCGGGCUCCCUGGGCCACCAUCGGGAGCUGCCCGUCGAUGUGCCCGACACCCUGCUCCAGCAGGCCUACCCCAACAAGGUAAUACAGAAAGACCCCGCGCGCAUCCUCGUGUCGUCAGCCUCGUCCGCUUGCCAAAGCGCCGAGCCGCAGUCACCUCUUGGCCGUCCCCUUAGCGCUAGCGAUAUAUCCUUAGACUUUAGCAAAGACGCAGCGAACAAAAGUCGACGGAUAGAGCUGAAGAUCGGGGAGCCCGAGCUCCUCAUUGGCGACAUCGACGUCGACGUAAUAGACGUCGACGUCGACAACGUGGGAGGGUCCGCGCGCAUCGGUCAACUCAUCAUCGAAGACAUUGUUAGGAUUGGAGACUCCGGCCAUCUAGAUAUUAUCAAAGAUCCAUUCAGAACGUCCGACGACGACGACGACGACGACGGCGACGACGACGACGAAGGAGAGGAGGUCGAAGAGGAGGAGGAGGAGGAGGAGGAGGAGGAGGAAGACCUUAGUGGACAUAAAGAAUCGAGCGUAGACGUAGACGAGGACUAUCCCUUCGCCAAGGAAGAUUAUCCAACGAUGCUGAAGACCUGCAGCGACGACUCGGCCAGCCCGAGGAGCUCUUCGGGCAGGUCCGAUAGUACCGUGCCGCUCGACAACAGUCUCGUACUUCGUAAUAGCGAACUGGCCAAGGACACGUCGAUGCCCCGAAGUCCCAAGUUACCCCAAAUAUUCGGCAAGCACAGUAGUAGCACGUCCUUCGAUAAUCCCGCUUACGGCCUCGCGGAUUUCCAGGACAUUCAGAAUCUUAUGAUAAGGCCCGAGCAGGUCAGCGACCUCACGUUGCUCAUCGGUGAGCAGGCCUUGAACAAGGUCAACGGGCAGAUGAACAAUAACGUAAGCAGCGAUAAGAAGUCCUUGGUGAGCAACGCGAAGAAGAAGAAGAAGCGCCAGAGCGCAAAGAUAUCCGGCCCGGAGGCGGAAGAACUCUUGCGAAUAGGCUCGACCGACGAGCUCUUGGACGUCGAGUUGUCGUCGAUGCCGCGGAUACGGAAAAAGAAGCAGCAUUCGUCCAGCGGCUACUCAACGCUGCGCAGCGACGCCUCGGCGGAGUUCGAUCAGAUCGAACACACGUCCUUCCUCGUCUUCGGCGGCAAUAAGAAUUACCGCGAGGUCGCUGUAGACUGUCCGCCGGAUUUCAUUCCGGUUACCAAGAGCCACCCGGUAUAUCCGCCGCCUUGCAAGACGCCCUCGCAAUCUAAUACGCUCGAGUCGAAACGUAUCGCGGGUGAAACGGCCAAAGCUAAAGACAAACGGAACGAGAACAACAACGAUGUGACGUUAAGCCCAGAGUUGAUGACGAUAGGUGUGCACGACGACAUUAUCACAGCCGAGCGUUGUAGGUCCGCCGAGAAGAAGGCCGGACUCAAUGGCGUCAAGCCCGCUAUUCCGCCCAGGGACCAGAAGAGAGCCCCAGCCCGACCUCCCAAGGAUAAUCUGCGACUCUCCGCGCAGAACAACAAUGUCGAGGAGAGCGACCAAGGCAAGACUGAGCCGACGCAACAGCAGCUGCAUUCCAUACAAAAGUAUGAGGAGCAGCUGCGCAAGCGGAAGGACGAGGAGGAACGUCAAAAGUAUCUCAACCGCUCGCUGCGAGGCUCGCGGAAGCUCCAAGCUCUCGAGAGCCAUGCAACGAGCCUGGCUGGACAGGAGAACCUGGCCUACGCCCAGGACGAGCUGACCGGAGUAACUUCGCCAAAAUCGCCCGACCUUGAAGAGCCACCACGACCGCUCACGUACGGCGAGGUGGUGGCGACCCUCGAGAGGCUCCAGCUGCAGUUGCGCAAUAUCAGCGGCGCCCUCGGGAUCUCGGGCCCGGGCGUCGAGGCCGAACUCGAGGCCGUGAGGACGCUCCUCGUGCAGAAGCGCUUCGCUACCGCCCUCUCGACCCAUCACGCCCUCAAGGCGCGGCUACGCUCCGGCAAGAGCCUCAAGCUUCACACGGACGACGCCUCCAGCCUCGCCAGAGAUUGCGUGGAGGUGCUGGAGCAAUGGACGCAGUCGGCAACGUCGUCGGGGUCGACGGCCUCGGGGACCUCGGGCGAGACGAUAGCCGCAGCGGAGGAGCUGACGGGGCUUCUCACCAGCUACGAGAUGGAGGGCCUCCUGUUGGCCCACGACUCCGCGGUCUCCUGCGUCGAUGGGCUGCAGAGGAAGGGUCCGCCGAGCCCCUCGGCGAGUUCCAGGGACUCGCGACUCGCCGACAACAUCAAGAUCAUUAGGAUCGAAAAGACGAACGAGCCGCUCGGGGCGACCGUACGCAACGAGGGCGACGCCGUCAUCAUCGGUCGCGUGGUACGCGGCGGUGCCGCCGAUAAAUCGGGACUACUCCAUGAGGGUGACGAAGUGCUCGAAGUGAACGGCGUGGAGAUGCGGGGCAAGAGCGUAAACGACGUCUGCGACAUACUGGCGGGGAUGCAGGGAAGCCUGACCUUCCUCAUUCUUCCCGCGCCGACGACGAAUCGCAACAACAACGCCAACCGCAGGGAGGACGCUCAGCAGAUACACCACGUGAGGGCUCAUUUCGAUUACGAUCCAGAGGAAGAUCCGUACAUUCCCUGCCGCGAGCUGGGCGUGGGCUUUCAAAAGGGCGACGUCCUUCACGUCAUAUCGCAGGAGGAUCCCAACUGGUGGCAGGCUUAUCGAGAGGGCGAAGAGGACCAAGCGCUUGCCGGCUUGAUUCCAAGCAGAGCGUUUCAGCAUCAGCGUGAGUCUGUUAAACAGACAAUAGCUGGUGAUAAAUCGACGGUUCGAGGAUCGAAGAAAUCCAGUACUCUACUCUGUGCCAGGAAAAAUCCAAAGAAAAAGAAGAGAAGCAAAUUGGGCUCGAAUUUCAACGACGAUGGUUAUCCUCUUUAUGCCACCACCUCUAUCGACGAUUAUGAUAGCGAGGAGGUAUUGACAUACGAAGAAGUGGCCUUAUACUAUCCUAGAGCGAAUCACAAGAGGCCCAUUGUGCUUAUUGGUCCACCCAAUAUCGGCAGGCACGAACUACGGCAGCGACUAAUGCAAGAUAGUGAAAAGUUUGCAGCGGCAAUUCCUCAUACGAGUCGACCGCGGAAAGACACGGAGGUAGACGGCCAGGAUUAUCACUUCAUUUCGCGGCAGCAGUUCGAGUCGGACAUACUGUGCCGCAAGUUCGUGGAGCACGGCGAAUACGAGAAGGCAUAUUACGGCACCUCCGUCGAGGCCAUCCGUACGGUCGUCAACUCGGGCAAGAUUUGCGUGCUAAACCUUCACCCGCAGUCGCUCAAGAUCCUGCGCAACUCUGACCUCAAGCCGUACGUGGUGUUCGUGGCGCCGCCGAGCCUCGAAAAGCUCAAGCAAAAGCGCGUUAAGAACAACGAGGCGUAUAAGGAGGAGGAGCUGAAGGAUAUAAUCGAGAAGGCGAGGGAGAUGGAGGACAAGUACGGUCACCUGUUCGACAUGAUAAUAAUAAACAACGACACUGACCGGGCCUACAAUCAGCUCCUCACCGAGAUCAAUUCGCUCGAGAGGGAGCCCCAGUGGGUGCCCGCCUCCUGGGUCCAAUAACAGAGGCCCAUCGAGCUCGAGAGGCUUAACACGCUCUACGGCAUCGACAGUAUCGAGAGCGACGCCUCUUAGGCUGCUUUACCUUUACGAAAUUGCGUGCUCGACGUCCGCGAUGCAACGGAGAAGUCGAGCCCUCUCGGGCGCUGACUAGAUGACUAGCAGCAUUCCUCAUUCGUUGACUUUACGAGAGACAGGAGGGAAACUCGAUAUCGAGAUAGAUCUGCUUUUACAAUUGUUAUUAAGAAGCCCGCCCCGUUAGCAGUUACGUGUUUUUGUAAUGUCAAGAAUGUGAAUUUUGGCUUUUCGAAAGGGAAGAAGAAGUGUAGCGAUCGGUAGAUGCUGAAAUGUACACGAAUUUCAAUGUAAAAGACGUUAGUUACAAUCUAUAAAAUUAUAUAAAGUGGUAUAACGAAAUUCGUUCUUACGUAGUAUUAUCGUAAAUUGU